AUGAUGUUUUAAACACACAAAAAAAUAUUGAUAUUCAGCACUAUUUUAAUUUUAUUGCUAGGAAUAAGCUGGAUUGCAUUUUCUUCAGUAGUCUAUAAAUAAUAUUAUCUUAUAAGUUACAAAUUUAGCUUAAUUUUGGUAGUAUCUAUAAUUAUUGGAAAUCUACUAGUACUCUGGGCUAUUUUGGGUAUAGUUGCUAUAUAAAAAAAAUCUAAUUCUCUUCUAAAAGUGUAUGCUUUUGGGCUAUUUAUCUUUUUGUUAAUUUCUAUUGCCUUCUUAGCUAUCGGUGUAUAUGUUUAAAUUAAAUUGCAUGAAUUCUAAAAUGAUACUAACUGUACUCAAAAAGAUAUAUUUAUAUAACUUUAUAAGUUGAAUUCUCUAUCCUAUUAAACUUUAUGUAAGAAUAGCUGCAAAUGUAAUUUCGAAGGCAAUUCCGAUGAAGCUUUUUAGAGAGGAAUUAUAAACUAUGAUAAUAAUGAUACAAGUCCUUUAUAAGUUUAAGAAUGUGAAGAAUUUAAUCACUUUAACAUCCCAGAAUAAUAAAAUUACAGUGAUUUAUUGUAAGUUGCUGAAGAGGUUUUAGGUUGUAGUGGAGUUUGCAGUAUAAAUUCCUACUUUGUUUUUAGUGAUGUUAAUGCUGGUUAACCAAAAUCUGAUUGUAAAUAGAGAUUAAUUGAUUUAAUCAACGAAAAUAAUAUUGAUUUAAUCAUAGGAUUCUCUGUGAUUACUUUUAUUCUAAUUCUAAAUAUAGUGCUUUCAAUUAUUCUAUUUUCAUAAUAACCUAAAGGAAAAAUAUUUUAAAAAAACAUUGAUGGACUUUACUUUGUAAAUAAUUAAAUGAUCACUGUUUCUCAAUGA